AUGGAACAGAACGAGGCGAGUUUACAAGCAGCUACUGCUCAACAGCCAGUAUCAGUAGGAAUAGAUGCUGAUGGUUUUAUCUUUCAGCUCUACUCUUCUGGUGUAUUCACAUGCUUCUAUGGAAACCAUCUUAACCAUGGAGUGACUAUUGUUGGAUAUGGAGAAGAAGAUGGUCAAAAGUACUGGAUUGUAAAGAAUUCGUGGGGAACUGGUUGGGGUGAACAGGGGUAUGUAAGGAUGGAACGUGGUUAUAGUGAAGAGACGGGUAAGUGUGGUAUUGAUAUGCUUGCAAGCUAUCCCACAAAGUUUGGCAUUGAGUCUAGUGAUACAUCAUUUAACACUAACAUUGAAGAUUCAUUCUAUACUACUAAAUCAAAACACAUGGAACAGAACGAGGCGAGUUUACAAGCAGCUACUGCUCAACAGCCAGUAUCAGUAGGAAUAGAUGCUGAUGGUUUUAUCUUUCAGCUCUACUCUUCUGGUGUAUUCACAUGCUUCUGUGGAAACCAUCUUAACCAUGGAGUGACUAUUGUUGGAUAUGGAGAAGAAGAUGGUCAAAAGUACUGGAUUGUAAAGAAUUCGUGGGGAACUGGUUGA